AUGAGUGUCUCUCUGGCAGGUCCAAACGGCCGCGUUUUCGGUGGGGCCCUCGCAGGUUUGCUGGUAGCUGCUGGUUCUGUGCAGGUCGUGGUUGCGAGUUUUCUUCCAGAUCAGCAGAAACCAAAGAAGCAACGUAUCGAUCACAUGUCACCAACCGCCCCUCCUACAUCAUCUCAUAUUAAUAAUCAAGUAUCUGAAGAAUUGAAAGCUGAUCUUGGUGGCAUGAAGCCUAUCAUGUCACCGGCCGGAUUCAACUUCGCUUCAUUCGGCAAUGGCCAGGGCUCUGGCAACUCAUCAUCAUCUGGCGAUGACGACGAGCAUGUCCAGCCCUAG